AUGUCCUCUGCCUCCCAACCUAGCAAUCCUCUGCGACUCGCUGCCACACGAUACUCGCCCAAGAUUGGCCUGUUGAAGACGCCUUCAGUACUAAGUGUCAAUGCCAAGAUCUUCGAAAGCGAGUUCUGCAAGGACAGGACGAUGAAAUGCGUGGUCGUGGGUGACGGUGCGGUCGGCAAGACGUGUUUGCUCAUCAGCUACACAACCAACAAGUUUCCUUCGGAGUAUGUGCCGACGGUCUUUGACAACUAUGCGGUCACGGUGAUGAUCGGCGAUGAGCCAUAUACACUUGGUCUCUUCGAUACUGCUGGACAGGAAGAUUACGACCGCCUCCGUCCACUCUCAUACCCACAGACAGACGUCUUCCUCGUCUGCUUCUCCGUCACAUCACCCGCCUCCUUCGAGAACGUUCGAGAGAAGUGGUUCCCGGAAGUGCAUCACCAUUGUCCGGGUGUGCCAUGUCUUAUAGUAGGCACCCAGACCGAUUUGCGAGACGACCCGCAAGUGAGAGACAAGCUGGCGAAGCAGAAGAUGCAGCCUGUAAGAAAGGAGGACGGUGAGAGGAUGGCGAAGGACUUGGGGGCGGUGAAAUACGUGGAAUGUUCGGCACUCACGCAGUACAAGCUCAAGGAUGUCUUUGAUGAGGCCAUUGUAGCAGCUUUGGAACCACCAGUUGCGAAGACUGGAAAGAAGCGUGAGAUGUCCUAG